GAGGAGAGAGCGAUGUGAGUGCUCCGAGAGCCUGGCUGGGACAGAGCUCCUGCUCUUCCCUCCCUCCCUCCCUUCCUUCAGCCUCUCCGCUCUGCUCUCGGAAGCAACGGAGCUCAUUUUCCCUUUCCAAUGGCCCCGUCAUGCUUGGGGUUUCUGCUCUUCCUGGCUUGCUGCUUCUCCUGCUCCGAAACACAGCUCCUGGACUGGGUUUGGGAUAGCACGAAGACCGCAGGAAGCCCAGCAGUACUCGGUGAGGGAAUCCCGGCAUCGGAGCCGCCAACCUCAGCGACAGCUCCCAGCCCGUCCUCAGGGAUGUGGGGUGGGGAGGUGGCAGGAAAUGUCACCACCCCAUGGCAGCAGGAGCCAGAUCCUGCUACAGCAGCACCUGUGGGUAAGGGGACCGCGGCCAAAACCACGGAGCAGUGGGACAGGAAUGGCACAGGGCUGGUGGAGAGCACAGCAUGGCCAAGCAUCGCUCCUCUCCACAGCAUGUCACCUGCCCCAGGACAGCUGGCAGCCAGCACUGACGACUCCCAGCUCCUGGGGUCAGGGACCACUGAGGACCUGCAGCUCCCGGGGUCAGAGACCUCUAAGGACCCCCAGGUUUUGUGGUCAGGGAACACUGAGGACCUGCAGCUCCUGGAAACAGGGACCACUGAGCACCUGCUACUCCAGAGGAUGAGGACUACCAAAGACCCCCAGUUCCUGGGGUCAGUGACUCCCAAGGAUCCACAGCUCUUGGAGACAGGGACUGCUGAGGACCUGAAGUUGCUGGGGUCAGGGACUACUGAGAACCCACAGCUCCUGGGGAUGGGGACCACGGAGGACCCCCAGCUCCUGGGCUCAGGGACUACUGAGGACCUGCAGCUGUUGGGGUUGGGCGCCACUGAGGACCCACAGCUCCUAGGGAUGAUGAGUACCACAGACCUGCAGCUUCUGGUGACGGGGCGCACCAAGGACCCACAGCUCUUGGGGGCAGGGACCACUGAGGACCCACAGUUCUUGGGGGCAGGGACCACUGAGGACCCACAGCUCCCAGGCAUGAGGACCACUGGGAAUCUACAGCUCCUGGCAAUGAGGAACACUCAGUUCCUGAGGACAGUGACCACUGAGAACCCAGAGCUUCUGGGGAACACUGAGAACCCACAGUUCCUGAGGACGAUAACCACCAAGAACCCAGAGUUCCUGGGGACAGGAACUUCUACAGCAAUGGAGACACAGGUGUCCUUGCAGAGACCAGCUGGUCUCCAGCCAGGUAGUGCCCCUUUUCCUUUCUCACCAGGUGACAGUACCCGUGGCAGCGGCCACCCGGGGCUGGCUCUGGCCAGCAGGAAGGAGAGCCAGAGUCUCCCUUGGCCUUACCAGAGGUUGGAUAAGGGUGUGGAUUCUCCUGCUGCCGAUAACUCUGUCCCUCUGGAGUUCGAUUUACUCACUGCUACCAUGCAGCUCUCCAGGAGUGACAGUGCGGGGCUCACAUCCUCCUUUCUGGGACUGAUACCAGCGGCCGGCCGUUGCCAGCCCAUCCCGACCCGCCUGCCCUUCUGCAGCGUGCUGGGCACCAGCCAUGUCCGAUUGCCAAAUUACCUUCAGCAUAGCGGCGAGGAGGAAAUUCGGGCAGCUUUGCAUGAGUGGGAGGGGCUGCUUGAGUCGCGGUGUCAUCACUACCUGGAGUGGUUCCUCUGCUUGCUGCUGCUCCCCGGCUGUAGCCCCUCGGUCCCCGUAACCCCCCCGCCAUGCCAGGGCUUCUGCGAGGCUGUCAGAGACCUGUGUUGGACUCACUUGGCCGGCAGGCGCCUGCCUCUGCCUUGCGAUGCUCUCCCUGAGGAGGAUGAAGGGGUUUCUUGUGUCUUUAUUAAUGCUUCUGCAGAGAGCCUGAGUGCUGAGAUCAGCCUGCUGGAGCUGAUUGGGGACCCACCAACAGAGGAGAUCCACAGAAUUUAUGGCCCUGACAACAACCCUGGCUACGUCUUCGGUCCCAAUGCCAACACGGGCCAGGUGGCCCGGUACCACCUGCCAAGCCCUUUCUACCGGGACUUCUCACUGCUGUUCCACAUCCAGCCCACCACGCCCCGGGCCGGCGUGCUCUUUGCUGUCACGGACGCCUCGCAGAGCAUCAUCUACGUGGGAGUCAAGCUGUCGGAGCUGCGCGCGGGCCAGCAGCAGAUCAUCUUCUACUACACGGAGCCGGGCUCGCCCAGCUCCUACCCGGCAGCCACCUUCACCGUGCCCACCCUGCUCAACCAGUGGACGCGCUUUGCCAUCAGCGUGGAGGAGGAGGAAGUUGUCCUCUACCUGGACUGUGAAGAGCACGAGCGUGUCCGCUUCGAGCGCUCCCCAGAUGAGAUGGAGUUGGAAGAGGGAUCUGGGCUCUUUGUUGCUCAGGCCGGAGGGGCUGACCCGGAUAAAUACCAGGGGGUGAUUGCAGAUCUGAAACUCCGAGGGGACCCGCGGGCGGCUGAGCGCCAGUGUGAGGAAGAGGAGGAUGAUGCAGAGGUCUCUGGGGAUUUUGGCAGUGGGAUGGAAGGUGGACAGCAGUCCUUAAGCAAGGCUGAGGGUGUCCCAGGGCUGGUGGAUGCUGUCCCUGUGACCUCCCCCCCCGUGGUGGGGGGCAGCGGCCCGAGGAGUGGCGGGGGGUCCCUGCAGCAAGCUGAGAGGACCAGAGCGGAGGAGACGCUGCGGGUCCCUACGGGAGGCACCGGUCAGAAAGGCGAAAAGGGAGAGAAGGGGGAACGUGGCUUGAAAGGGGACUCAGGGACCAGUGGCAUUGUAGGGCCAGGCAGUGUCAAGGGUCAAAAGGGGGAGAAAGGAGACCUGGGUGUCAAGGGCAGUGCUGGAUUUGGCUACCCUGGCUCUAAGGGCCAAAAAGGAGAACCAGGUAACCCUGGACCCCCUGGGACCCUCUCUCGGCAUGCUGAUGGCUCAGUGGUUGAGCAGGUCACCGGCCCCCCAGGGACACCAGGGAAGGAUGGAGCCCCUGGCAGGGAUGGCGAGCCUGGAGAUCCUGGCGAGGACGGCAAACCUGGUGAAAUGGGGCCCCCAGGGUUCCCUGGGAUGCCGGGGGAGCCGGGCCUGAAGGGGGAGAAGGGUGACCCAGGCAUGGGGCCGAGAGGACCCCCUGGACCACCUGGCCCUCCAGGACCCCCGGGACCCUCCUCCAAGAACGAUAAGCUGACCUUCAUUGACAUGGAGGGCUCUGGCUUCGGCGGUGACCUGGAGAGCCUGCGGGGUCCACGAGGCCCGCCUGGUCCCCCAGGGCCACCUGGCGUGCCCGGUUUGCCAGGGGAGCCAGGACGUUUUGGGAUGAACUGCACAGACCUGCCAGGACCACCUGGACUGCCGGGCAGGGACGGGAUCCCUGGGCCCCCGGGGCCAGUGGGUCCUCAGGGUCCUCCAGGAAGAGAUGGGGAGGUUGGGCAGCCGGGGCCCAAAGGAGAGCAGGGUGAUGUGGGUGACCUUGGCCUCCCUGGCCUGCCAGGACCCAAGGGCAACAAAGGAGAAAUGGGACCAGCAGGACCCCCAGGAGAAAUGGGCUUAGCUGGCCUUCCUGGGCCCAUCGGACCUCGAGGGCAGCCAGGGCCCCCUGGCCCCCCAGGACCACCAGGGCCAGGCUACGAGGCUGGAUUUGGUGACAUGGAGGGCUCAGGGCUGUCAUUCACCCCUGGACCACCUGGGCCUGAAGGACCACAGGGUGUGCCGGGACUGCCGGGGGUGAAGGGAGAGGUCGGCAGCCCUGGACAGCCUGGCUUGCCAGGACCAAAGGGAGAUGCUGGCAUGCCUGGCAUGGAUGGCCGCCCUGGCCCGGAGGGCUUCCCUGGACCACAGGGACCCAAAGGUGACAAAGGCAGCACCGGUGAGAAGGGAGAGCGAGGCCAAGAUGGAGUGGGGCUGCCUGGCCCCCCUGGUCCUCCUGGACAGGUCAUCAGUGUCUCCAGUGAAGAUAAGUCUUUGGUGGCUUUUCCUGGUCCAGAGGGCAGACCAGGCCGCGCUGGCUUCCCAGGGCCGGUGGGACCGAAAGGAGACCAGGGGUCAACUGGUCCCCAGGGUGCCCCAGGGCUGAAGGGGGAGAAGGGGGAGCCCGGCGUCAUCAUCAGCCCUGAUGGGACCGUGGUCACUGCCAAGGUGAAAGGAGAAAAGGGGGAGCCAGGGCUGCAAGGCCCAACGGGACCAUCGGGUCCCCCAGGACGAGCAGGGAUGAAGGGAGAGAUUGGCUUUCCGGGCAGACCCGGACGUCCCGGCAUGAAUGGGCUGAAGGGCGAGAAGGGUGACCCCGCAGACGUGCUGGGCUUGCGGGGUCCCCCAGGCCCCCCAGGCCCCCCAGGACCCCCUGGGCCACCCGGCAGCAUAGUCUACAACAACGGCAAUACCUUCAGUGACUCCAGCCACCCGGCGUUCCGUGGUUUCCACCAGUUCUCAGGACAAAAGGGAGAGAAAGGUGACACUGGACCCCCAGGACCCCCAGGCCAGUUCCCCUAUGAUGCAAGUCACUUCGGUACCAGCCUGCGGGGUGACAAGGGAGAUGCAGGUCCCAAGGGUGAGAAGGGUGAGCCAGGCAGCACCCCACUCUACGGUCCUGGGGUCUCUGGACUUCCAGGGCCUCCAGGGCCCCAGGGAUACCCCGGGCUGCCGGGUCCCAAGGGGGACAGUAUUGUUGGUCCACCGGGGCCUCCAGGACCUCAGGGUCCCCCUGGUAUCGGAUAUGAGGGGCGGCAGGGCCCCCCUGGCCCUCCUGGUCCGCCCGGGCCACCCUCCUUCCCGGGUCCCCACAGACAAGCUGUCAGCAUCCCUGGACCCCCGGGACCACCAGGACCCCCUGGACCACCAGGCAGUAGCGGGAUGUCCUUGGGGCUCCAGGCCAUGCCCACGUACCAGGCGAUGCUGAGUGCUGCGCACGAGCUGCCCGAGGGCAGCCUCGUCUUCCUGAGGGACCGGGAGGAACUGCACGUCCGCCUGCGCGGGGGCUUCCGCAGGGUGCUGCUGGAGGAGCACAACCUGAUCCCCAGUUCGGCUCUGGACAACGAGGUGUAUGACAAGCCACCCACCCUCCACUAUGCCGGCCCCCAGCCCCGUGGGCCCCUGCACCCGCUCCGCAACCACGUCCCCUCAGCCACUGCCCGUCCCUGGCAUGGGGACGAAGUGGUGGCCAACCAGCACCGCCUGCCCGAGCAGCCCCUGCUCCACCACCAGCAUGAACUCAUCAAUGGGUACUACAUCCACCGCCGGCCAGAUCCUGCCCCCGUGGCCGCCCAUGUGCACCAGGACUUCCAGCCCGCUCUUCAUCUGGUGGCCCUGAACACCCCGCUGAGUGGCGGCAUGCGUGGCAUCCGGGGCGCGGAUUUCCAGUGCUUCCAGCAAGCCCGGCAGGUUGGGCUGGCCGGCACCUUCCGUGCCUUCCUGUCCUCGCGCCUGCAGGAUCUCUACAGCAUUGUGCGCCGGGCCGACCGUGCCGCCGUCCCCAUCGUCAAUCUCAGGGAUGAAGUGCUCUUCAGUAACUGGGAAGCCCUUUUCACGGGUAGCGGGGCCCCGCUGAGGACUGGUGCCCGCAUCCUCUCCUUUGACGGCCGGGAUGUCCUACGGGAUGCAGGAUGGCCGCAGAAGAGCGUCUGGCAUGGCUCGGAUGCCAAGGGUCGGCGCCUGCCUGAGAGCUACUGCGAGACGUGGCGGACAGAGGAGCGCGCAGUCGUGGGCCAGGCUUCCUCUUUGGCCUCUGGAAAACUGCUGGAGCAGGCGGCCAGCAGCUGUCAGCACGCCUUCAUUGUUCUCUGCAUUGAGAACAGCUUCAUGACUGCUACCAAAAAGUGAUACCUGCCCUGGCACUCCCAAGUACCCCCAUGUCCCCGAGGAGGAUUGGGCAAGCCUGCACCCCUGGGCCCCUCAGCCCCUUCCACGCGCCCACUCUCGCCCCACAGGGUUUCCUUCUCCUGCAGACCUGAAGCCAAAGAGUAUUGCCAUGGCCCCUGCCCUGGGUCGGCAGGGGCUCAGGUCCCACCCGGGGCAGGGCAGCCAUGGACUGGUGGCCUUCCUCCUCCUCCUCUUCUAACUCCUAAUAUUUAACCACUUCAGCUUGUUCCCCUCCCUCCUCAGAUGCUCUUUUUGGGAUGGCUGGGUAGGAGGAUGCUUGGCAGGGAGAUUUCAGUGCUGCCAUGCGGACUGUUCCCUGCAAAAGCCUGUGGGGCCUCUCUCACCAGCCCCCUGGCCCCGCACUGUCCUUACCAGGAGCUUGGGGUUGGACCCAAAUCCCUGCUGCUGAGGCCACAGGGUCUUCUGCAGCCAAGACACCAGCAUCCCACCGAAGGGACUGUCCUGUGGUGAUGGUGGGGCUCUCCCAGAUGGUCUCCAUCCUCCCCAGGUAAGGACCAUCCCAUCAUCAUUGUCACCUCCACCUCCCAGCCAGCAGAGCUCUGAUGGGGGUGUGGUCUCCUCCAUCCCAUCCAUGCACCCUGGGGACCCCCGGCUGUGCCCCCACAGCCCAGGUACAGCCACAGCCAGCCCAGCACAGGUACUGGGGUGACAGGGUGGCCCCAAGGUGUGGCCAGCUGUGCCUCUGGCACAUGUUUCUCUGUAUGUGUGUGUGUUGAGCAUGUGUGGUACCAAGGGCAGGCGCUGCCAUCCCCCCCUCCACAUGCCACCUUGCUGGGCUCGAAUGGUGAAGGCACAGCAAAACUGGUUGGAAUUGGUGGGGGCAAAUCCAAGGUGCUAAAAAAAAAAACCAAAAAAAAAAAAAAAGAAAAAAGAGAAAUUUGUAACUAGCUUUUUUUGUUAUUGUAUGGAAAUUAUUACCAUAAAAGCUGUGCGAGUCACAUGGUCUCUAUUUCUUACAGUCUACUGUAUUUUGUGUCAUUAAUGGAAUUUAAAGCGUGUGGAUCUUUACAUUAUUUUUUGGUCAUCAUUUUCUAAAGGCACUGAAUAAAGAAACAUUCUCUUGUA